GCAUACGAGAGGUCAUGUAGCAGGCCCAAACGAGGAAACACACAACACCACGCGCAGUAGUAUAUAGUGAGGAAGGAAGGAUAUGUUCUCUACGGAUUUUCUCCGCUAUCAUGGCUAGUAACGGACACAGUGGCCCUAUGAAAGUCAGACUUACAGUUCUCUGUUCUAAGAACCUAGCUAAAAAAGAUUUCUUUAGGUUACCAGAUCCUUUUGCCAAAAUAAGUGUUGAUGGUUCAGGGCAGUGCCACUCAACAGAACCUUGUAAAAAUACUCUUGAUCCUAAGUGGAAUCAACAUUAUGACUUAUAUAUCGGCCAAAAAGAUUCUGUUACCAUAAGUAUUUGGAACCAUAAAAAGAUCCACAAGAAACAAGGUGCUGGCUUCUUAGGAUGUGUACGAAUCACUUCACAUACUAUCCAACAGUUGAAAGACACUGGCUUUCAACGGUUGGAAUUACAGAAAAGAAAUGCAGAUGACCCUGAUCAAAUGAAAGGCCAGAUUAUCAUAAGCCUUAUAUCCAGAGACAAAGGUAGUUCAGCCCCUGCUAUCACUGACACACCUUCUAUUCAGCCAGUUAUACUAAAUGACCCCAAUGAACUUCCUGAUGGCUGGGAAGAAAGGACAACUGCCGAUGGUAGAGUUGAGUUUGUCAACCAUGUUACAAGAACAAUUCACUGUGAGCGACCUACAAGGCCCGCAUCGGAAACACCAUCCAAACGUUUAUCAACCGCCGUGAUCGCAGAUCCAGCUGUGGUCAUGUCUCCCGAUAAAGAGAACACUGGCAAUGUCAGAAGUAGUAAUAGCCAAAAUACCAGUAAUACUGGUGGCAGUAAUAGCAGCAGCAGUAACUGUACAAGUGUAAACCACAGCUCGUCAACAAACAACAACAACACUCCUUCUAUAGCAACAAACAACAACAACAGAAUGAGCAGUAGUAACAACACUGGUGGUGAUGGCAAUAAUAGUUCGGGUAUUUUCUCCAGAAGGCGGUCUACGCGGCACCGAAAUUACUUGAAUAGAUCCCAGCUCCAUAAUACUCUCGAACUGCCUGGAGGAUAUGAGCAACGAACAACACAACAGGGUCAGGUUUAUUUUCUACAUACACGAACUGGAAUUAGUACAUGGCAUGAUCCCAGGGUUCCAAGAGAUCUUACAAAUGUGUCUGAAGAAGAACUCGGUCUGUUACCACAAGGCUGGGAGAUUAGAUACACAGGAGCAGGACGCAUGUAUUUUGUGAACCAUAUCAAUAGAACGACACAGUUCACUGAUCCUCGCCUCUCAGCCAAUAUUGGAUUGAUACAACAGAAAAUGCAAAUUGCUGAUAAAGAGAACAGUGCGCCUGGGCCUUUACCAAAAUAUAAGCGAGACCUUGUCCAAAAGCUGAAAGAGUUACGACGUCAACUUAAUGAUCUUCAGCCUCAGGCUGGUCAUUGUCGAUUGGAAGUAUCAAGAGAAGAAAUAUUUGAAGAAUCUUAUCGGCAAGUCAUGAAAAUGAGGUCUAAAGAUUUACGAAAACGAUUAAUGGUAAAGUUUCGAAGUGAGGAAGGCUUAGAUUAUGGGGGUGUUGCUAGAGAAUGGUUAUAUCUAUUAUCUCAUGAGAUGCUUAAUCCAUAUUAUGGAUUGUUUCAGUAUUCAAGAGAUGAUAUAUAUACUUUACAAAUAAAUCCAGAUUCUGCUGUCAACCCUGAACAUUUAUCCUACUUCCAUUUUGUUGGAAGAAUCAUUGGUAUGGCAAUAUUUCAUGGUCACUACAUCGAUGGAGGAUUCACCAUGCCGUUUUAUAAACAGCUUCUGGGCAAACCUGUCACAUUAGAUGAUUUAGAAAGUGUUGACCCAGAACUACACAGAAGCCUUGUUUGGAUCCUAGAGAAUAAUAUUGACAGUGUUCUGAACCAGCCUUUCUGUGUGCAGCAUAAUUCCUUUGGGCAAGUACAAGAAUAUGAACUGAAACCUGGAGGAAGAGACAUAGAAGUUACAGAAGAAAAUAAAAGAGAAUAUGUUAGGCUCUAUGUGAAUUGGAGGUUUAUGCAAGGAAUUGAGGCACAGUUCUUAGCUUUACAAAAGGGCUUUCACGAAUUAAUCCCACAGUCAACUUUGCAGCUAUUUGAUGAACGAGAACUAGAACUUGUGAUAGGUGGACUUGGUAAGAUAGAUGUGGAAGACUGGAAGAUGCACACCAGGUUGAAACAUUGUACUUCAGAUUCCAAUAUUGUCAAAUGGUUCUGGAGAGCUGUAGAAGGCUUUGAUGAUGAAACUAGGGCUCGAUGUCUCCAGUUUGUUACUGGAAGUUCAAGAGUUCCUCUACAGGGUUUCAAAGCUUUACAAGGAUCAACUGGUGCUGCUGGUCCGAGGCUGUUCACAAUACAUCAAGUUGACACCAGUACAGAUAAUUUACCAAAAGCACACACAUGUUUCAAUCGUAUAGAUAUUCCACCUUAUGAAGAUUAUGAAAAAUUCCUAAGUAAAUUGACCUGCGCAGUUGAAGAAACAUGUGGUUUUGCAGUGGAAUAAAACAAAACAUAAAAAAAUUUAAUUCAUUGAACAGUGUUGGGGUUUUGGCCAGCUUUUCUGCUCUUUGUGUGCCAAAGGGGAAAAUAGUUUUCGACAGAAAAGCAAUACUUUUUUUUUUUUUUCUUUUACACAAAAGGCUGUUAUUUUCUGCAAGUUAACCUCAGUAUAUUAUGUCCGUUUGGAAGGUCACUAAUUUGAGGGCUCUAAACAUUUGGGUUAAACAACACCCUUGCAAAUUGCAUCACCUUUUGUCCUUGCUAAACAAUGGCCAGUUGAGUUUUUGUUUCCUCAUCUUCAAAGAACCAUCUUUGGUCAAGAUGACUGACUGUACAUAGUUUAUCAUUGUGAAAUGUGGUUUCAUGGUUUCUUACUUACAUGUAAGUGUCUAUGAGUUAACAUUACUUCCACAUUCAGAAGUGAAAAUUACACUACAUCUGUACAUGAAAGUGAUUUUGUAUGUUCACAGGGCAUGUGUGUGUAUGUGCAUGCACGUAUGUAGAUUUGUGUGUGAGCACUAGUAUUUGUGUAUGUGUGUAAUGUAUGUUCACAGGGUAUAUGUGUAUGUAUGUGCAUGCACAUAUGUAGAUUUAUGAGCAAGAGUGCAUGUGUGUGUGUGUGUGUGUGUCCACUGAGUGUAUGUGCAUAUGUUGUGUAUUACAUAUGCUAAAUAGGCAUUUUCACUGUAAGCAAGCUAUUUGAUUGUAUUCUCAAUCAUGAUGACUUGACAUAAAGCAACCAUAAGAGUGGUAUUUCAAAAAUAAAAAAAGUGUGAUACCCACGAUGUUUUUUUUUUUUUUUAAUCAUUCUCUUUUCAGUCCCAAAUAUCAUAAAAAUUGCAUAAAAAAUUUCUCCUCAGCCAGUUACUUAACUUAUUGAGUCGAAACUGUAGACUUAAGAAAAAUGGAAAACAAGAAAUAUAAAAUGAAAGAAACCUGGAACUAAUGACGGACAAAGUUUUGGAUUUGGUGAAUGGCUACAAAAACUCCUCCUAAAACACUUCCUAAACCCCCCUCUUGUGCUCUCUCUCUCUCUCUCCUGCUCUUUCUCUUUCUCUGAAAUAACAAAAAAAGCAAUCAAAUUUUAAAAAACAAUUAUUCACGCAAUUACUUUGAUCAUUGCAUAUUUUAUGUUAGGUUUAAUUUUAAACUUUAUUUCUUCACCUGAAACAAAAUUUACCAAUCACCACCACCACCACCACCACCGCUUGGAAAUAUGCAGAAGUUUCUGAACCAUUUCCAAUUACUUUUCCUGUUGUAAAAAUCUAUUUAUGUAAAACAAAACAAAAAAAAAAGUACUUUAGGAUUUUCUUUAUUGUUUUAAGUUGUUUACCCACUUCUGCCAUUUCUCUUCUACGUUUACUUGUCAGUGGUUUUAUACUGACUCAUCUUUUACCUCAUCUUCUGAUUUAUUAAACCUUCAGAAAUUAUUAUUUGUUAAAGUGUAUGUGUAAAUGUUGGUUAAAUACCAAUUGUAUGAAAAAUGUAAUUUUAUGAACAUGCAAAGAAAACAAUCUGCCAAAAACAAAAAAAAGUUAUUAGGUUUGUUUUUGUUUUUUUUUAAUGUCUUUGCAUUUAUCAAAAAUUAUUUUCGUUUUUAUCAGCCUAUGAAUAAAUCAUUAAUGUGAUCUUUUGUUUUUAACGACGGCCUGAUCCUCUGUUUACUGAUAUUACUAGAUAUUUUUUUUUUAUACAUCAUAUACAUAUAUGCACAACAAUUUAAAUGGUGCCACAUAAAUGUCAUUGCUGGUAAGACUUUUAUACUCUCUCACUCUGUCACAUCCAAACUCACUCCUAACAAUGAAUCCCUGUAGCCCGUAUCAGAAAUACAGGCAUGGAGUUCUCUAUAUAAUAGAGUAAAAAAAAAAAAAAUGGAAUAAAAAAAUAAAGGAAAUAAAUGCUCACCAGUAAAAUAUACUAUUUUGAAUAAUUAAGAUGUGGUGUAAAUCAUUACAGUAAUCAAAAUAAUUGAAUCUGCUGGAAUUUCAGAUUCAGUCCACCGUUUGUCUAGCAAUGGAGUGUGCCUGCAUGUACGUAUGUAUGUAUGUGUGUGUGUAUGCAUGUGCGUGUUCAUACAUCUGAGAGAAUGUACUCCAACUGACUGACACACUGUAUCAGUUUUUAUAAAUAAAUUUGUACAAAAUGUCUUGUGAUGAUUUCUAAUAUAAAAAGAAAAAAAUAAAUAAAAGCAUUUUAAGGUUAA